AUGGCUUCCCUUCUCCUAAGGCUUGUUAGAAAGCAAUCACCCAGCACAACCCUAGUUGCUAAUCUCAACAAACGAAUUCUCUCCCCAUCGACCCAUUUACCCGAUUCCAAACCCGUUCAACCCGCCACCGCGAUCCCCUUCUUCAAUGGCGUACCCGAAACAACUGACGAAUUAAACCCUCAUCAUCAUUCUUCAUGCUUUUACCCGACUUUUGCAUUUGAGAGUUUCUUGAAUCCAGUUUCUCAAAUUGGGUUUAUUCAAUCUGCUGUACCAGAAGAAGAAGAAGAAGACAUUGUUUCAGGUAAUGAUGAACAAGGGAUUUGGGCUGAUAGUGUGAAGAAAAAGAGAAAGAAGAAGAUGAACAAGCACAAGUUAAAGAAGCUGAGGAAGCGUCUGCGGAGGAAAACAUAA